AUGGCACACAGGCAUUUUCACACUGCUUCUUCAUCAAAAUACCCCAACGCUAUGAACGUGGUGCAGUGGACCGGAAGGGAAGGGCGGACUGUUCCAGAUAUCUCAAAAGAAGCGGCAAGCUUUCCUGAAGUCAUGAUUUUGGAAUCGGAUCGUGAUCCGUCCGGUGUACAAAUGCCAUCAACAUCUGAACAUUCCUGCUCAUCUGACAUGUCGAACGUUCCCAAAGAUAUGUCAUGUCAAAAAUCAUCUGAUGUAAAAUUCACGAUAUCCACUCUUAAAAGAAAUGUGCCAUCAAUAUCAAACAAUAAUGUACUGCGAAUUGAAAGUAAUGGAAGUGACGAUAAUGCGGAAGGUGCUAUUAAUGAAUUUAAACGUCAACGGCUUACACUUAUGAAAAACGGACAAAUGACUGAACCAGGAGGAAUACAUAAGUCGGAAAGCAGUUUGGUUAUACCAAUGGUAACGCAGAAGGAUUGGAGGAUUGAGCGCCUUUUGCAGAUGAAGAACGAGGGUAAACUAAAUAAGGAAGAGCUAGCGAAGCUGGAGCUACUUACCGAAUCUGCUUCGUCAUCAACUCAAGAGACAAGCGUGAAUAAAGUUGACGGUCAGAUCAGUGAAUCGCUUAGCAGUGUGGAUGCUGAUUAUGAUUCAGUACCAAUAGAAGUAUUUGGUCUUGCGGUACUGAGAGGUUGUGGUUGGCGAGAAGGUGAAGGAAUUGGUAAAACAAACAAAAAGGUAGUACCUCUGCGAAUCUCAUCCAGAAGGCCGAAAGGACUUGGAUUGGGUGCCACCAUUUUGUCGAAAUCGACAAAUAGCUUGAAUUCAGAUGCAGGAAAAUUGUGUAGUUUAAAGAAAGCAUCACUUGUGAAAAUUAUUGGUGGGAUAUAUAGGAAUUUAUAUGGAAGAAUAGAGAGUUUCGAUGAAGAUAAUGCGAGCGUUAUUGUUCGGCUGGCUGUGGGUGACAAAAUUGUUCGUGUUAGUCACUAUGCUGUGAUUUUGGUCACUGAUGAGGAAUAUAAACGAAAAGGCAGAAGUAUAGCAGAACCUUCUCAUGACGGUGGCAAACAUUCAAAUGGUAAAAUCGAAAUGAAGGAUAGCAAAGUGAGAACAUCACAGGAAAAGAAUUAUAAGAAGCAGAAAUCAGAAAUCAUUGUCAAACCAAAUAGGGAAGGUAUGUGGGCACGACCAGAACUGAAAGUGCGAUUCAUCGAUAGGAGAUUCAAGAAUGGGAAGCUCUAUAAUGAGAAGGUUCGGAUUCUGGAUGCAGCCGAUCGUGAAAACUGCAUUGUAGAAGAUUUUUCUGGAAAUAAGUAUUUCCAAAUCAGUGAACAUUGGCUGGAAACAGUGAUACCAAAAGCGAGGGGGACAAAGUUGAUGAUUGUAAAUGGUCCACUUCGUGGAAACAUUGCAGUGCUGGAAGCAAAGGAUAAGAAAAAACAUACGGUUAUUGCUAGGUUGAUAACUACUGAUGAAAUUGUUACUAUGUAUUUUGAUGAUGUCUGUGAAUACCUUGGUUCUUUUGAUGACUUUUAGAACAUCAUGAUUUUCUAUCAUCAUAUGAUAGUUCUCGUUCUAUUAAUAGAUGUAUGCAGCACUUAAAUCUUUGUACUCAAACUUGUCGCUACA